GGUCAGAAACGAGAGUUAGAAGCUCUGGGUGAUUAUCAAGUUCACGGUUGGAAACGGGAUGAGGACAAACGAGGGUUAGAUUCUCUGGGUGGAUAUCUAGUUCAUGGGUGGAAACGAGAUAAGAAAAAACAAGGAUUAGAUUCACUUGCUGGAUAUCAAGUUCAUAGGUGGAAACGA